AUGGCGUCGUCCGCCACCACCCUCCUCCUCCGGCUGCUCUGCCUCUGCACCGUCUUGCCAGUCGCCAUGCAGGCGGCGCGCCCGACCAACAUCACCAUCGGCGCCCUCUUCGCCUUCAACUCCGUCAUCGGAAGGUCCGCCAGGACCACCAUCCAGCUCGCCGUCGACGACGUCAACCGCGACCCCACGGUGCUGAGCGGCACCAACCUCAGCGUCGUCUUACAGGACACCAACUGCAGCGGAUUCGCAGGCAUAAUCCAAGCCGGCCUGGAGCUGAUGGAGAAGGAGGUGGUGGCCGUGGUGGGCCCCCAGUCCUCGGUCAUUGCACACGUCGUCACCCACGUCGCCAACGAGCUGCGCGUGCCGCUGGUGUCCUUCGCAGCCACAGACCCGGCGCUCGCCUCCACGCAGUACCCCUACGGCCCUACUUCGUCCGCGCCGUGCACGACGACCAUCGCCGACAUCGUGUCGCUCUACGGAUGGAGGGAGGUCACCGCCGUCUACGUCGACGACGACUACGGCCGCGGAGGCGUCGUCGCGCUCGCCGACGCGCUGGAGGCCACGCGCGCCAGGUUGUCGUGCAAGGCCGCGUUCCCGCUGGGCGCCGACCGCGCCACGCUCACCGACCUCCUGCUGCGCGCCAACUCGAUGGAGUCUCGCGUCUUCGUCGUCCACGCCAGCCCGGACUCAGGCCUCGACGUCUUCGCCGCCGCGCAUGACCUCGGCAUGAUGGUCGCAGAGUACGCCUGGAUCGCGACGGACUGGCUCGCCGCCGCCGCCAUCGAUGGUGCGGGUGCCGCCUCCGAGUCUAAUAAUAUACAGGGCGUCCUCACGCUGCGCCAGUACACGCCGGACUCGGACGCCAAGGCGUCGCUCGUCUCUAGGCUCGCCGGCGCCGAACCACCUAGCAACAAUAAUGCCGCCGCCGCCUUCCUCGACGAAGCCGGCGGCAACGUCACCUUCUCCGCCGACCCCAACAUCCGCGACGCCAACGGCAGCGCGCUGGGACUCAGCGCGCUAAGGGUGUUCGACCAGGGCGAGCAGCUGCUCCAGAAGAUCAUGCUCGCCAACUUCACCGGCGACACGGGCCGCGUGGGGUUCCAGUUCGACGCCGAUGGGAAUGGUACUGGGAGUAGGACCCUCAUCAACCCGGCCUACGAGAUCCUCAACGUCGGCGGUAAUACGAGCGUCCGCCGGGUCGCCUACUGGUCCAACUACACGCGCCUGUCGGUGGACGCGCCCACGCUGCUCGACGACGGCGGGCCGCCGCCCAACAGCACCAGCACGACACCCCAGCAACAGCAGAAGGAUCAUCAGCAGCAGAUGUCCAGCGUCACCUGGCCCGGCGGCACCACGGACACGCCGCGCGGGUGGGUGUUCGCCGACAAUGGCCAGCCGCUGAGGAUCGGCGUGCCGUACCGGACGUCGUACAAGGAGUUCGUGUCCAGGGACGACACGAGCAAAGACGGCGUGAGCGGCUACUGCAUCGACGUGUUCAAGGCGGCGUUGCAGCAGCUCCCGUACCCGGUGCCGGUGUCGUUCGUCCUGUUCAGCGACGGCGAGACGAGCCCCAGCUACGACGAGCUGGUGCAGAAUGUGGCGGACGGCUUCUUCGACGCCGCGGUGGGCGACAUCUCGAUCGUGACGAACCGGACGCGGGUGGUGGACUUCAUGCAGCCGUACAUCGACUCCGGGCUAGUGGUCGUGUCCACGGUGAAGGCCAGGAGCUCCGACGAGUGGGCCUUCCUCAAGCCCUUCACGCCGGAGUUGUGGGGCACCUUUGUCGGUUUCUGCAUCUUCAUCGGCGCCGUGGUGUGGAUCCUGGAGCACCGGCACAACGAGGAGUUCCGGGGGUCACCGUGGAACCAGAUGAGCACCAUGUUCUGGUUCAGCUUCGCCGCAGUGUUCUUCUCGCAAAGAGAGGAGACUGUUAGCAGUCUUGGUCGCUUCGUCGUCAUCAUGUGGCUCUUGGUGGUUCUCAUCAUCACCCAGAGGUACACAGCCAGCCUGACGUCCAUCGUGACGGUGCAGCAGCUGUCGACGGGCAUCCAAGGCAUCAGCGACCUCCUCGCCGGCAACGACCCCAUCGGCUACCAGGAAGGCGCCUUCACCGGGAGCUACAUGAUCAAGGAGCUGGGCGUCAAGGCGUCGCGCCUCCGGGAGCUGCCCAUCGACGAGUACGCCGACAGCCUGCAGCGCGGACCCAGCAACGGUGGCGUGGCGGCCAUCGUCGACGAGCUGCCCUACGUGGAGCUCUUCCUCUCCUUCAACUGCCCUGCCACGACGGUGGACCAGGAAUUCACCAAGGGCGGAUGGGGAUUCGCGUUCCCGCACGACUCUCCCCUGGCUGUGGACCUGUCGACGGCCAUCCUGAAGCUGUCGGAGAGCGGCGACCUGCAGCGGAUCCACGAUAAUUGGCUCAACACGGGGACGUGCGACUCCACCGACGGCGUGGGCGGCCCUGUAAGGCUCAGCGUGGCCAACUUCAGGGGCCUCUUCCUUAUCUGCGGCGUCGCCCUGCUCGUCUACUUCGCCAGGAUACUUUUCCACUUCUGCCAGUACCACCGCCACGGGACCAGCGACGGCGCCAAAGAGGACGACGGCGGCGGCGGCCCGUUCCCUGACAAGGAGAAGAGCCUGAGCCGGCUCGCCAGGCAGAAGACCAGCAUUCCGGACUUCAUGUUCUUCGUGGACAUGAAGGAGUCCGAGGUCAAGAGGGCCAUCCGGAGCAGCUCCAGCAAGUCCAUUGGCCGGUCCCGCAGCGACACCUCUGAUGGGCCGUCCUCACCGGAGCCGGUGUAA